AACAGGAUGAAGACUGCAACCUGUUCCCUUUUCAUCUGCAUCUUUCUUCUCCAGCUGAUGGUCCCAGUGUAUACUGAUGGGACCUUAGAGUCUAUUGUGGAGCAAAAGGUCAAGGAACUUCUUGCCCACCGAGAUAACUGUCCCUCCACUGUAACGAAGACUCUCUCCUGCACUAGUGUCAAGGCUACAGGCAGAUUGGCCUCCUGUCCUCCUGGAAUGGCUGUCACUGGAUGCGCUUGUGGCUAUGCCUGUGGAUCUUGGGAUAUCCGGGAUGGAACUACCUGCCACUGCCAGUGCGCAGUCAUGGAUUGGGCCACUGCCCGCUGCUGCCAACUGUCCUAAGAAUGUGGAGGCUGAGAACCCGGCUUUGAAAUGAAGAUUGUAACAGAAGCACAAUCUCAACUUGGAAACCUGGCUCAUAGCCCCUUGAUGAAAUCUUAUUGCCCAUUAGCCCUGCUUCUUGAAAAAUAAAGACUAAUUUUUGCAUGUG